AUGGGAAUUAUCCUUGCCAAGAGGGAAGAGGAGCGAAUCUCUUUCAAUCAGACCCGCGCGCGUGCAUCAGCCUAUCUUGAGAAGUGUCGGCCUGACUACAUCGAGGAUGAUGUGCUGCUGGGGUUAGCUCCUGACGACAAGGACGAAAACCAGAAGGAUGAAGACGAGGAAUUGGAGAACCAGGAACCCGAGGUUGAAGAGGAGGAGGAGGAGGACGAGGACAAAGAAGAGGAGGAUGAGCGGAAGUUGAUGGCAGAGGCAAGCUCCAGGGCAAAGGAACGAGUACAAGCUGAGCUGAAGAAGUUCCGACAGGCAGCUAUCAAAGGCAACCGAUGGGCACUGAUGAAGAUGACUCGUUCGCCGCACUUGGCCAUCGAUUCGCCUGACCAGCACGGUCGGACAGCCUUGCAUUUAGCAGCAGAGCAUGGCCAGCAUCGAGCUGUGGAGAUAUUGCUGGGGGCACGAGCCCGUCAUGACAUCAAGACAAAGAUGGGUUGGACUCCGCUGCACACGUCCGCUUUCCAUGGCCAGAUUGCCUGCAUCAACCUCUUGCUGCAGUCCACGGCCGAUGUCAACUGCAAGGAGAAGCACGGCUGCACCCCGCUCAUGUUCGCGGCGUCUUCGCCCAAGUUAUAUUUGGUGGACCUUGUGUCCAAACAGGAUCGUGCGCGACGACUCAAAGCACGCACGGAUGCUGAGAAGAAAAGGCGGGAGCAAGAGGAGGACCGCUUGGACUCAGACUUGGCAAGUUUAACCAGAGAAAAGGGGGCAGGGAGCAUUUCCACAACGGCACCCAAUGUCGUGUGGAAAUUCUACCAGAAUCGCAUCGAGCUUCUGGUCUUGAACGCAUUGUUGUCGUCGCCGAAAGUCAAGGUAGAUGCCUAUGACAACAAGCGACGGACCGCUUUGCUUUAUGCUGCCCGUUUCGGGCGAACGUUCGCGGUCAGCCGCCUUUUGGAUGCCAAAGCGAGCCUGGGAUUCGCCGACAGAGAAGGCCAAGUGCCUCUCUUUGCCGCGGCGUGCAACGAGCACUUGGAUACCGUAGACCUGCUGCUCCGUGCCGGAUCGAACAUCAAUGCCACGGACCAGUAUUUUCGCACCCCUCUGCAUGGCGCACUGGAAGAGGGAGACGAAAGCAUGGCGAACCUACUGCUGAAAGCCGGUGCAAGUGUCAACGCCUAUGACUGCGAGGGUCGAACUCCAAUCAUGUUGGCCAUGGACAGAGGGAACAGACGCCUCUUCUCCAAGAUUGUCGAGAAGAAAUCGAACUUGGAUGUGCUUGACAAGAGAGGAUGGAAUGUGGUGAUUUACGCCAUCGAGACGCAGAUGUUGACAGACGUGUAUCCUUUACUCAUGAAGCUGAACAAGAAUGCCGCAAUCAUCCUUCGAGCCAGAGAUCCGCAGGGGCUCAACGCUGUGCAUCACGCAGCCCAGCUACCCAGUGCCGAGCUGUCCACGAAGUGCGUCCAGCAGUUGGCCAACCUGGAUUUUGAGGCUGCUAGCUUCGGCGACUGCAAUGGAGACACAGCAAUUCAUUCAGCAGCCGAGCGCGGGCGGCUCGAGGUCCUGCGCAUUUUCAUUGACCGCCUUCCAUCCCUAGACUUCCUCAACAAUCGGGGAGAGACACCUCUCCACUACGCUGCGCGUGGCGGCCACAUGGCGUGUGUGGUGGCUUUGGUCCACGGGGCCGCCGGCCGCCAGGGUCCGUGCGAUGCGGGAGCCAUUGACUCUCAAGGAUGGAACUUGCUAAUGCACGCCUGUGUUUCUGGGCACCUGGACUUGGUGAACUUGCUCCUGCAAAACAGGGAGGGCCAACACCCAGACCUGGCCUUCCCGCCGCUGGACGUCAACCACGAAGAUCGUGCAGGGGUAACUGCUCUCUGCGUGGCUGCACGGGAAGGACACUGGCAGCUGUUGCCUUCUCUGGUCCUAGCCGGGUCGAACACAGCGGGGAAGGACCGCGAUGGCUUCACGGCAGUGCACUGGGCUGCCAUGGAGGACGAAGCUCUUACGAUGAAGUGUUUGCUCGACCUUGGCUUCGAUGCAAACGCAAAGGACUUCAAGGGCUGGACACCUUUGAUGCAUGCCUGUGCACGUGGAGCAGACGAAGUUGUUCGCGUGCUGGUGGACUUCUCGGCCGAGAUUGAUGCCCGCAAUUGGGAUGGCGACACUGCUUUGCAAAUCACCCAAAGACGUCGAGAUCCCCCCGAUGUGGUCGCAGUGACGAAGGAUAUCUUGCUCGAUGGCAUCAUGGGAAGCGAUGAGCCAGCCCAAGGAGGCUCUGUCCAGGCUAAUGGCCACAUGAUGGUUUCUGUCCUCGAGGCUACUGACCUCUACCUUGAGGGCAAGACCGGAUUCGUGAAUGCCUACGUGAACCUUCAGCUACGUACACAAACGGGUGCCAGGCCUCAGGCCGCGUUUACAUCGUGCGUCUUGCAGAACUCAUCGCCGGAGUGGCAUGAGGUUUUUCGCUUCGACACUGUCCGGGUCGAUCCCAGCGCAGUGCUUGUGGCCUGGGUGGUCGCAGCCCCAGGGGAGAACACCAAAGAGGUCAUGGAUGGAGCUGCGCUCGGCUUGGACGAGGUGGAGCUGCAAAAUCUGUCGCAUAUGGAAGCCGUGACAGGGAAGACGCUGCACCAGGAACAGCCGCAGUUCACUUCGGCGCUUCAGGAGUCCUUCCAGCGCCUCAUGAAGAGAGCUGACAGGGAGGAGGAUGCAGAGGUCUUGCGACUCCGCAAACUUGCGAUGGCUCAGCUCACUGGAACCGAGCCAACCGAGGACCUGAAGUUCUCGCAAACGCAGGUCAAGGGGGAGGAUGGCCUCGCUCUGACUGAGAGACGCUGGAACGAGGUUUCCAACUUGCGCGAGGUCUUGGUACGGAGUGGAUGUGACGUGCCUGAGCCCCUGGUGCCACGGACGCACCUGCCGCUUGGUUGUGUCGUUGUUCGCUACCGCCACCUGAGAGCUGCAGUGUGGGGCAGCGAGCCCGUCACGGUGGUGCGAACACUUCGCUUGAGCUGCCGUGGCAGCCUGCGUGUUCAGAUCGACUUCCGUCCCAAGUUUUUCGAGUGCAAAGAGGAGGAACGCGCGAAGUUACUGUCACCAGAAGAAGAGGACGAGUUGUACCGCGUGACUCCUGGAACCGAAGAGGAUGAAAGAAGGGAGGCAGAGCUCUGGCAGGAGACCCAGCAGAAGAAGAAGCAGGAUGCUGAGCGCCUUAGCAUUGACAUCCUCGGCAAAAUGAAGGCCAAGAAAGCAGUGAUGAGUACAGAGGAAGCUCUGGAGCGUGCGAAGAGGAUCAAGCACUUGAGGGAUCCAGAGGUCUUGUUGAGAAGAUUCCAGCAAGUGUCACACUGGGCAAGCCAGGUGUUGAAGAUCCGCGAGGAGUUCCGUAAUGCAGAAGUUGAGAGGGCUCGACUUGCUGCAAAGCAAGCAGAGCUUCUAGCAAGUGAAGCCAAGAAGGGGGAAACCGACCAAAAGCAGAAAGCCAGAGCUGCCGGAUGGUCCGGGAAGCUCAAGUCUUACGUGCAAACCAGGUACAAGGCCUGGAGCGAGGAGCGUGCGUUCAAGCAGGCGGCCCUGGACAAGCCCAUCGGCUCUGUCGAUAUGCAAGAGCUUAUGAAGGCGAAGGCAGUCCCGGGAGUGCCUCUGCCCAAGAAGGUUCCAGCACCAGCUAUUCCCCGGCUCAAGGCAGAGCGCUGGGUGGAAGAGUUCUUGGAAGGCUCUCGCAUGAUCUGA